AUGGCCAUCGAAGAGAGAGACACAAGUCGGGAAACGGAUGGAGCCGUGGCUCUCGAGAAUGCUUCAGCCUCGAUCGGCACUUUCGAAUACGAUCCGAAGAGCGGGUUGACGUUCCAGCCGUGGUUCUCCGAGAACGAACACAGCUUACAGACUUUCUCUAUCAAGGCUUGCGCAAUUUUGUUACUAUGCAUAAGAGCCGUCGACGACAAAGCUUCGGUAACCGCUGAUGAGGUUCGGUUAGAGAGAUAUGAGACCGGUACAAGCGAUGCUGAAGUCAAGUACAGUGCGACGAAGGAGAAGCCAACUCCGACCGUUUUCGCCAUCUCGCUGAGAGAGCCAGCGAAGACUUCUCAAGCCACCGGUCUCCAGUCAUUCAAGGAGCGAGCCCCUUGCGCUACUUGGACGUCCCUCAGGUGCUUGGCGCUCACUGAGUUCGGAAGCCGAUGCACUUCAAUCGAUGGUGAUGAUAUCAUGCUCAUGGGCUAUUCCAUGACGAAAUUCACUCACAACGGAAAUACCAUCCAAGAUUCUCUACCCGUUCUCAUGGGGAGCGAAUUGAGCCUGUUCUGCGGUCGCUUGCCGAUACAGCUCGGCUUGGAGGUCUGGAAAGUCGAGAAUUCACAACCAGACACGUCUCGUCUCGAAGCAAUCUCUGACGGAUUCGGUUUCACGGCUUCGCUGGCGACCUGGUCUGGCCUCGAGAUGUUCUCAAAACCGCUCGAUUUGCCACCUGAGCCCUUCAGUGGCGAUCGCCUUCUGUAUCGCCAGUUCAUCACUCAUUUGAAAUGGUGGAUUGAGUCAAAGCGAAACACGCCGGCCAUAGUUCGAUUGAUGGCUCUCCGGAAGUAUCUGACAGGCGAAGCUAAACAGUUGAUCGAGACUCUGGAGCUGACUGAGGACAAUUAUGAGGUAGCGCUCGAUUUGUUGGAAACUAAUUACGCGCGAAUCGGAAGUGAGAGACUUCGGGUACUCAAGGAGCUACGAGCCCUGCCGCGAGUGCAAAAUGCCGAUGACGUCACUGGCGUUCGCCGGCUGCUCGCUCUCGUGCAGCUGGUGGCCGCUGUGGAUGCACCUCUGCGACUCUAUGCCCUCACCCUCAGGCCGGCUUUUGAGAACGCGCUUCCUCGGCGGCUGCGUAACGAUUUCAGACAGUGGAGACGUCUGCAGAUUGAGAUCGCUGCAAGGGCGCCGCCGCCGAUAACGCUCCCGACAACAGAGACAGCUGAUCAACUUGCAGCUGGUGUCGCCGGUCGAGCAGCCGGUACGGAUCCGAACAUUGUUGUGGAAGAUGACGAGUCCGAGUUGAACAAACUGAUCGAGUACGUUCGAGAUCUUGUUCGUGAGAAAGAAGAGGAGGGUUACGCUGAGGGGUCCGCGGACCCGUCACGUGUGACGAGAGGAGCGGCAGAUAUUCAGGAUGGUAGCUCCCCGGAAGAGAUUGAUCUCUUGUUAGCGAACGAUAUUCUUCACCUCGUUUACGCGGGGCAAUACAAAAAGUUCGGUAAAAUUGUGGCUUCUCCGACGAUAUUCGGUGGGGUCUAUUGGGGUCAGGACGGCGCCAACGCAAUCUCCAGCUCGAACUUCACGGCAUCGGGCGUCAUCAUAUGCUCGACAAUCGCGACCCGGAUGCGGGGAGCAAAACGACAGAGAUCCGACGAGGAGAUGGAAAAUCUUGAAUUCCUCUGGGAUUCUGAGUUCCUCGGCGUCGAACAUCCACGCGCAGAUGAUUCCAUGCAGUCCGCAGAAGAUCUGAUCGACCGCUUCAAGGAUUCCGUAGAAAGACUGCCGUCGGGGCAAUAUUCAGUAUCGCUCCCUCUAAAAGAUAACCUCCAUACGCUCGGGGAUAAUCAAAAAUUAGCAUUUUCUCGACUGAUCGCAUUCCUCAAAAAUGCAAGGAAAGAACCGGAAAUCUUGAGAGCGGUUGAUAAGGAAAUCAGGAGGUAUUUGGAUUCGAACUUCAUCGAAAUAGCAGAACCAAGGUCCACUAGUGAUUUAGCUCACUAUCUUCCGAUAUUAGCAGUUGCGAAGAAAUCGGCGGCAAACAGUUCGGAGCUCCGUGUAAGGGUCGUCAAGGAUUGUGGGUCUCGCUCGAAAGACGAGGCCUCUCUCAACGACGUGCUCGAAACCGGUCCAGAUUUGUUGCCGGAUAUCCUCCUCCCUCUGCUCCAAUUUCGGAGCUUCCCGAUUGUCAUCGUCACGGACAUCAAACAGGCGUUCAUGAACUUCCUGAUAGCGAAACAUCAUCGAACACUCCUGAGAUUCGGAGAUCUGCUGGGGCAGUUGAAAAAAUCGUUCUUCAUGGACGAUCUAUGUACGGGAGCGAGCUCGAUCGGGGAGGCGAAUAUCGUCGUGACCACUAUCAUUGACGUACUCCAUCGAGGCCAUUUUCCCCUUGAUAAAUGGGCAACCAACAGCCAGCACCUGGCGGAUUUCCUGGUAGACACCGUAGGACCAGACCGUGAGGUCUCGGCCUCGGAUGAAGCCUCGUUUCUUGGAACUCACUGUAAUCAACGGAGAGACCAUCUGUUCAUAGACGUCACGAAGAUAAUCGCGUUUUUUCAAUCGGAGCCUCUGACUAAACGACACCUUCUCAGGGGUCUGGCUCAGAUCUAUGAUCCCUUGGGUCAUAUCUGUCCGAUCGCAAUCAACUUCAAAAUUCUCAUGCAGAUCAUCUGGACCCGGAAGAUCGAUUGGGACACCGAGUUGCCCAACGAUCUGAAGGAAAGGUAUCAGGAAUCAGUGAGCAAUCUGAGUUUCGUUCCAUUUAUCCAGGUAGAUCGCAAUCUGCUGAGGCUUCCGAGAAAGCAGGCGACACGUGAACUCCAUGUAUUCGCGGACGCAUCCCUCCGAGCUUUCGGGACAGUGGCUUACAUUCGCGAAUUCUCCCGGUCCAAUCCAAAAGGCGAGGUUGCUGUCCGCUUCAUAAUGGCCAAGGCCAGUGUCACCCCUAUCAAGGGGAAGUGGACUAUACCAAGGCUUGAGCUGAUGGCCGCUCUCCUCGCCGCUCGCAUUUCGAACAAAAUUCGGAAGUAUCUGGAUACCGAAAUCGACUCCGUGUUCAUGUAUUCGGAUAGCAGCAGUGUCCUCGGCUGGAUUCGUGACACUCCGAGUCGGUGGACGCAAUUCGUUCCCAACAGAGUCCGGGAGAUUCAAUCGUUGACCACUCCAGACUCGUGGAGCUACACCAGGAGCGAAGAGAAUCCGAGCGACCUCCUCUCCCGCGCCUCUCCGCUCGAUUCAUACGAGUCCAGCUUAUUGUGGCUCCAGGGACCGUCGUGGCUGGCUUCUUCGGAAGGUCCGAGGCCCCACUCUCUCAACCCGAUCCCGACUCAGGAAGCUCUGAGGGAAUAUCGACGUCCGAGGCCGGCAGAUCACGUCAUAGAUGCCAUUGAGUUCCGGACCUCUGAGGAGGCUCUGAUUAAGCACAUCCGGAGAACACACUUCCCGGCUGAACUAGCUUCCAGAUGCCAGGAAAUCGCUCGCUCUAGCAAACUCUAUCAGUUAAAUCCCUUCGUCUCCGAGGACGGUUUCGUUCGAUGUAGAAGUGGACUCCAGAAGGCUACUCAGAUGUCCUACAGCGAGCAAUGUCCGAUUCUUCUUGUAGGAGAGGACUUCCUCGUGCAGCUCCUCCUGAGAAGCAUUCAUGAGUUCGCCUGCCUCCACUUUGGUGGCGUCGCAUCCGUUCUUAAGGAGAUGCGAAGGAAGUUCUUCGUGAUUAGAGCCAGGCGGGCAGCAAAGGCAGCCGUGGCUGGAUGUAAAGUCUGCGCUCGCUACAGAGCGGUCAGGGCCAGUGAACCCAUACCUCCUCUGCCCAGCUUUCGCCUCGAAGCUUCAGCGCCCUUUGAGUGCUGCGGAACGGAUCACGCCGGACCGGUGUACUUCAAUCUCGACACAGGCGAGGUGAGCAAGGGCUAUAUCCUCUUAUUUGUAUGCGCGACUAGCAGAGCCUGUAGGCUCGAGUUAGUUCCGAAUCUUUCCACCGACGAAUUCUUCUUAGCCAUGAGUAGAUUCAUUGCGAGAAAUCCCACGGUCCAGAGGAUCGUAUCGGAUAACUCCCAGACCUUCCGGAAGGCUUCUAAGAAGCUGCAGGCUAUUUUCGACAACGCACGAGUUCCGAAGGUUCGGAACUUCCUGGCUUCUAGAAGGAUCGAGUGGCAAUGCACCACCCCACUAAGUCCAUGGGAGGGAGGUUUCUUCGGAAGGGUCGUGCAGAUGGCAAAACGCCCGCUCCGUAAAAUCCUGGGAGUCCACACCAUCAGAUACAGAGAGCUAGAGGAAACUCUGUUUGAAAUCGAAAAAAUGAUAAACGAUCGUCCGCUCUCGGCUGUGGUUCUUGAUCUCGAUGAGCCACGGGCUCUCACGCCGUCCGACCUGCUCUACGGUUAUUCAUCGGGUCAGUUGCUUCCCGAAACGAAAAUCGUUUUCAGCAGAGCCGCAACGGCUUCGGCCGCAGUGUUCUCGGAACGCUGGCUCCGGCAACAAUCCAUCCUCCGCCAGGUUUGGAAAGAGUUCAAGACGGUCUAUCUCCAGUAUUUAUCCACCAUUCGUUCCAACGACCCUCAGUCGAGCAGACCGUUGAAGGUCGGUGACGUCUGCAUCCUCAAAACGUCGGAUCCAUCUCGCGGUUGGUGGCCGCUAUGUGUCGUGCUCGAACUUCUCGCCGGGAGGCACUCUGCCUGUCCGCAAUCAUGUCUUGUCAAAACCUCGGUCGGACAGACGCUCAAACGCCCAAUCGACCUGCUCUAUAGGUUGGAGGUAGCCGAUUUCUAG